AUGGUUGUCGGGAGUUUUCGAAGGAAUUUGGAAGGUUGCCGCGUUCCUGUUAAGUUAAAGCACUCAAAAUAUUACCCAUCACCGUUAGUCAAUAAACGCUUAGAUGAGUGGGUAGAAGAGGAAAGAAUAGAUUUUGAGAAACUUGAAUGCCCGUUAAAAAAGCUUACAAAAGAUGGUUCAUCUACUUCAUUGUCGUUGUUGUCUUCCGCUGACCCGUCAGCUAAAUUUCCUGUAACAGUUGAUGAUAACGCUGAAGGCGAAAAUAGUUUUCCUCGUGGUCGUGUCAACUCGACCGGGACAUUUCAGUUAAAAAGAAAGAGACCUCCCGAUGAAGAGGUCCUAUCACAAUCGACAGAUUCUAAAGAAGAACUAGACAAGUCCAAGCUACAGCCGAAACCACGCCAAACGGGAAGCAUGAUAUCAAGUCACCAUGAGCAGGAUAUUGUAACCCGAAUACGAAAUAUUGAGUGGAUUCAAAUUGGACGCCAUAGAAUCAAACCGUGGUACUUCUCUCCCUAUCCCUUCGAAUUGAUAUCCUCGUCGUGCAUUUUUAUUUGUGAAUUCUGUCUAAAGUACCUUAAGAGUGAAAAUUGUUUGCGGCGGCAUUUGACAAAAUGUCAAUUUCGCCACCCGCCUGGAAAUGAAAUCUACAGAAAGCUCCCACAUAGUUUUUUUGAAAUUGACGGACGAAAAAAUAAGGUCUAUGCUCAGCAUCUUUGCUUGUUGGCGAAGUUAUUCCUGGACCACAAGACUUUGUAUUAUGACACUGACCCCUUUUUAUUCUAUGUUCUUUGUGAAAUUGAUGUAUACGGCUACCAUCUAGUGGGAUAUUUUUCAAAAGAGAAAGAAUCUUCAGAAGAUUACAAUGUUGCUUGCAUUUUGACACUUCCUCCUUAUCAGAGGAAAGGUUACGGCAAACUUUUAAUAGAAUUCAGCUACGAGUUGAGCAAAAUCGAGGGCAAGUUGGGAUCUCCCGAGAAGCCGCUCAGCGAUUUAGGAUUACUUUCAUACCGUUCUUACUGGACUGCAGCCAUCAUGGAGAUCCUUCUUUCCAUCAAACCCUCAGAGCCCGGCCAGGAGUCUGGAAUCAGUAUUAAUGAGCUAGUGGAACGAACGAAUAUGAAGAGGGAUGACGUCAUCGCCACGCUAUCCUACUUGAACGUCCUCUACUAUGUGAAAGGCCAAUAUAUCAUAUUUUUGAGUAAGGAGAAUAUUGACGCCUACCAACGAAGUCUGGCGAAGCGACUUGUGAGGAUAGACGCCUCGUGCCUCCACUGGAAGCCGAAAGAUUGGAGUAAACGUGGGCGAUGGUAG